CGUCAGCUAAUAUUUUGGAGUCCUCAGCUGGCUGCAACCCAGCACAAAGUGUUUACCGGUAAAACAUGGACGUGACGGCCGCUCGCCGUUCGUUUCUGUGCGAUAUCGGUUUCUGGGCAGACCGGACUGCCCUGCAUGAAGCUGCGUCCCACGGCAGGGCCCUGCAGCUGAAACAGCUGAUAGAAAGUGGAGCAUCGGUCAACAUGGUGACGGUGGACAACAUCACUCCGCUCCAUGAAGCCUGCAUACAGGCUCAUCCAAACUGUGCCCGGCUGCUGCUGGAGGCUGGAGCCCAGGUGGAUGUACGGACCAUCCAUGGGAGCACUCCUCUGUGUAAUGCCUGUGCUUCUGGCAGCCUGGAGUGUGUCAAGCUGCUUCUGGAGUACGGAGCCAAAGUUAACCCUUCCCUCACAGCUCUCACCGCCUCGCCGCUCCACGAGGCCUGCAUACAAGGUAAUGUUGAAGUAGUGAGGCUGAUGAUAGCCAGCGGUGCCCAGCUGGAGGCGUAUGACGUCCACUUUGGUCCCCCACUCCACAUCGCCUGUGCUAAAGGACACGUGGACUGUGUCAAGGAGCUGCUUCAUGCAGGUCAGCAGGAAGGCUGCAGGUGCCAAUGUGAACUCAGUGAAGUUCCACGAGAUGGCUCUGCACCAUGCAGCACGAGUGGAAAUGGUGGACAUGAUCGAGCUGUUGAUGGAGUUCGGAGCCAACGUGUACGCCAGCGACAACCUGGACAGAAAGCCUGUAGACUACACAACACCUGCGUCUCCCGCUCACACCUGCCUCAGGUUUUAUGAAAGAAAUCCUCUGAGCCUGCAGCAGCUUUGUCGAAUCACUGUGAGGCUGAGGCUCGGUACCAAAGCCUCGGAGGCCAUAGGUCAGCUGGACAUAUCCCACCGCAUCCACAGCUUCCUCCAGCACUGUGAUCAUCCUGCAUCACUACAGAGGGACACAUGAACAGAUUCAUAAGCCUCAAUGAGAGACUGGUGUUUGAUUUCAGGUAUAAUAAAAAAUAAGCACUGUGGACAACAUCUGCUAAUUGCAAAUAUAUCAGGUUAUCCACCAUAUUUCUUUAAUGCCAUGGGACGCAGGAUGGGAUAGGAUAGGAUGUCAUCAUUGCUGCUUAAAUUAGGUUGUUGAAUAGUAAUAUAAUAUUGUUUAUUGUGUUGCAUUAUUUAUCCUUAAAAGACAGGACUGUACGCGCUCAACUCACAUAGACACUUAAAGCUUUGAAGGCUAUGUGCUGGAUCCUAAAAGUGAAUAUUCAUAGAUGACGUUACUAGGACAGCACUCCAAUUUAAUAUUUAUAUUGUCACACGACGACGUUUUGGGCAGCGCCCUUCCCCAGCGUGUGCAUAAGU